CCAAAACAAACUCAACAAGCCGCACACCACAACCGCCAAUACAACCACAUAACUUGACAUUUCCAAAGACGUCAAUCGCUAAGUGAUAGGCCCCGACUUCCAUCCAAAAGCGACUUGAUCAAAGGUCCCCAAGACCACACAGCGUCAACGCGCGCCGCCCACUCUACCACGCACGCCCUCCACACCUCAUCGACAAUCACGUCACAAUGGAGUCGGAACAGCGCAAAAUCGAACUCCAAUCCCCGGGUGACCUCACAUUUCUCACAUGUCAAAUCCGCACCGCCGCACGCCAAAAGCUCGACCUACACCUGCCCCCCGUAUCCGACAGCUCAGAACCCGACGAAUUGCGCAAACACGUCGAAGAGCUCGUAGAUGCGUUUGUCACCCAAGUGCUCCAGGGCAUGCGGAACAAUAUUUCAAUCAAUGGGAUCCAUGUCGUGGCGCGGGGGAGGGAAGGGGACGAAGUAGACGAGCAUGGGCAGAAGAAGAAACAGGAGGGUGAUAUUGCUGUAGAACAAAAUGGAGUAGGGGACGACGAGUCACAAGUAGAAAAGGAAGACUUUGAGCCCUUUGACGAUAAACUACGGACGCGGUUAUCUACCGCUGUACAGAAGCGCGACGCGCUCAUCGCCAAGAUAAGCCAGCAUCGCCGUGCGACUCCUGCAGCGGCUGCGGCGCAUUUUCAGGCGCAGUUUGAACGCGAAUCGGAGGCCUUGUUUCGUGCGCAGACGGACGUUGAUCGGGCUGCGAGGGUUGUUAGCAAGGAGAGUCUGGCGACUGUACAGGCAAUCGAGAGGGCAGAUGAAGUACAGAGGAAUUGGGGACGGGCAGUGGAAGGAUUGGGAAGGUUGAAUAAAGGGCUACCUGAGACGAGGGCGAGGUUGGAGCGGUGCGGGGAUGUUGUUGGGUAUUUGAGUGGGGAGGGAUGGAAAUGAGAAUACGACUCGCAUUGGAGGGAGAUUACUCUUUCUUUCUUCGUCCCGGUCCCUUGGGAAUCGAAGAUGGGCUGGCUUUUGUGGCGUUCUGGUUUCAAGGUUUGGGUGCAGUUUUUGGGAUACCCACAUGUUUCCUGUUUUGUGUUGGUAAUAGAGCUGGAAUUAUUAGGUCUACGAUUGAGUGGCAAUAUGACCAUGUCUUUCAAGCUGAGCAGUAGUCUAGAAAUCUUUCGAAAUAUAAGUGUUCGUCUAGCUAUUGACA